CACGACGCGCUCCCCCCCCCCUCCCCCCCCCCCCCCCCCCCCCCUCCUCCGGGUCCCUCCGCUGGGCCAAGAUGGCGGCGCUGAGCAAAUCCAUCCCCCACAACUGCUACGAGAUCGGGCACACCUGGCACCCCCACUGCGGGCGAGCCUUCGUGCACAUCACCCAAGGGGCGUUUGGAGAGUCGCUCCGCAUCUAUGGGACCCUUUACCUGAUUAAUUGCAAGCUUCAUCAUCGCUGGAGGGUUUUAAAGAAGAGACUGGACAGCUACCUGCCUGAAAUGAUUGCUGCAAUUCUCCGGAAACGAAAACUUGAUUAUUAUUUGAACAAGCUGCUUCCUGAAAUUCUACAAUCAACAUCCUUCCUUACAGCAAAUGGAAGUCUUUACAUUAUGUUUUUCUGCAUUUUAAGGCGAAUACUGGGAAAAUUCUAUUUUUGGACUCCUGGUUUCGGUGCUGCUCUACCAGCGUCCUACAUAGCUAUUCUUAUUGAAAGGAAGAGCAGGAGGGGGUUGCUUACAAUUUACAUGGCCAAUUUGGCCACAGAAGCACUAUUCCGCAUGGGAGUAUCAAGAGGAACAAUUACUCCUUUAAGACAUGGAGAGGUCCUUUUAUUCUGUGUAACAGCUGCCCUGUUUAUGUUCUUUUUCAGAAACAAAGACGGUUUGAAAGGAUUUACAUUCUCCGCACUAAAAUUCAUUGUAGGGAAAGAAGAAAUUCCCACCCAUUCUUAUGUACCGGAAGGAGCUUUUGUAAAGAAAGAAAUCAAAAUAAAACACUGCGAAGAUCUAACGCAACAAAUGAAUUUUAUUGCGGCGACAAAAAAAAUCGUGGACAAUAUAUGCAAAAAUGGUCCCAGGCACAGAUGCUGUAAGCACUACGAAGAUAAUUGCAUCUCAUAUUGCAUUAAAGGUUUCAUUAGGAUGUUUAGCGUCGGAUACUUGAUCCAGUGUUGCCUUCGCAUCCCAUCCGCGUUCCGACAUCUGUUUACAAAUCCAUCCCGGCUUCUCUCACUUUUCUACAACAAAGAAAACUUCCAGCUUGGAGCUUUCCUUGGGUCAUUUGUCAGCAUAUACAAAGGUACAAGCUGUUUCCUGCGAUGGGUCCGGAACCUGGACGAUGAAGUACACGCACUCAUUGCAGGAUCCCUAGCAGGAUUGUCCAUGAUGUUUUACAAAAGCACAACUAUUUCAAUGUAUCUGGCUUCCAAACUAGUAGAGACUAUGUAUUUCAAAGGCAUUGAAGCUGGAAAGGUUCCUUAUUUCCCUCACGCAGACAGUAUAAUCUACGCUGUAUCCACCGCCAUCUGCUUCCAAGCUGCUGUGAUGGAAGUCCAUAACCUGAGACCUUCAUAUUGGAAAUUCCUAUUGCGAUUAACAAAAGGAAGAUUUGGUGUCAUGAACAGAAAAGCACUGGAUGUAUUCGGUACCGAAGCAUCUAUGUAUUUUAAGGAUUUCUCUCUAGAACUCGACCCAAGAUAUACAGUUAUGCCACCAGCAAGACCUAUUCAAAAAUCUUGGAACUGAUGCAUCCGUUUGUGAUUAUGUUUUACCACCAGCUGUCCUAAAGAGUUAAUUAACUUAAUAGUCAAAUAGAUGGAAGACUGCUUGUGUUCCACAUCAG